GAAAGUCUACUCUGUUAGUGGUCAGUAUUUGCACAGACCUUGUUACUGGAUUGCUGGUUCAGUAACCUGGAGUGCGUUAUCAGUGUAGCUUGAACAAAUGAGAACAGAAGUUUGUUAUCCUCAGUGAAUGACACAAGGUGGAAAAUGAUAAACGGUGUGUUAGCAGCUGUGGUUGGCCUGCUGCCUCUGUCUUUGAGCCUGGAGUUAACGGGUUUGUUCGGGAGCUUCACUUCUCCCAACUUUCCAAAUGCGUAUCCUAAUAACCAACUCAUCGUGUGGAACAUCACAGGCCCAGCGGGCCACAGACUUCGUCUGUACUUCACCCAUUUUGGCCUGGAGCCCUCUCUUCACUGUGAAUAUGACUACUUACAGGUGAUUUCAGACGGCAAUGAUACAGUCCGAUUCUGUGGUGAGAAUGAGAAAAAUUAUGACGAUUCCCCAAAGAACACCAAUCUGUACUCUUCCACCAACACAAUGUCUGUGAUCUUCAGAUCAGAUUACUCCAAUGAGGAACGAUUUACCGGCUUCCAAGCUUAUUACACUGCAGAAGACAUUGACGAGUGCGUGAUUACGGUGGAUGGAGAGCCUGUGUGCGACCAUUACUGCCACAAUUACGUGGGGGGCUAUUACUGCACUUGCAGACUGGGAUACCAGCUCCAUGCCAAUAAAAGGGAUUGCACUGUGCAAUGCAGUGGCCAGGUGCUGUUGGACAGGUCAGGUGAGCUGACGAGUCCAGAGUAUCCGUUUCCAUACCCCAGAAUGAGUCAGUGUGACUACACCAUCCGCCUGCUGGAGGGCUUCCAAGUGAGCCUUGAAUUUGUGGAUAUCUUUGACGUGGAGACUCAUCCGGACGUUCCAUGUCCUUACGACAUCCUCAAGAUCGCUGCAGGUUCGAGGGAGCACGGCCCAUUCUGUGGAACCACGCCGCCGGCUGGAAUCGAAACGGGCACUCACGAAGUGCGUGUGACCUUCCGCUCGGACGGCUCAGGAAAAAACAGAGGCUGGAAGAUGAAGUACUCCAGUACAGCCAAACCUUGCCCAAACCCAGUGUCUCCUCUCCAUGGCCGCAUUCACCCGCAGCAGCACCAGUACAUCUUAACCGACACGUUCAACGUGACAUGUGACCUCGGUUAUGAUUUAACGCUGGGUGAUGACAACUUACCCUCUUAUCAAGCCACAUGCCUGAAGGGUGGAUUUUGGGAUGGUCCAAUGCCUCUCUGUACAUUGGUUAACUGUGGGCCUCCUGACAACAUUAACAAUGGGAGUGUCGAGUUCACCACAACCACAUAUCAAUCUAAGAUCAAGUACAGCUGUGAAGAAUUCUACACCAUGAAGGACAGCACCAAUGGAUUCUACACCUGUGAGCAUGAUGGCUACUGGAGAGACACACUGGGUGGAAGAAGUCUUCCUGACUGUAUACCAAUCUGCGGGAAGCCUACAGGGAGACUGGCUAAGGUGAUUGGAGGAGAGAAUGCAGAGAAGAACGAGAUACCCUGGCAGGUAAUGAUCCUGAAUGGAGGUCGUUUAAAGGGUGGUGGAGCUCUUCUCAGAGAUGACUGGGUCCUGACCGCGGCUCAUGUCCUGCACGGUUAUGGCGAUGUGUCCAGACUGGCAGUGAAACUAGGCUUGGUCAAGCGCUCUGAUCCGGAAGCAGUGGUGGCCAUUCCAGAAGACAUCUUCAUACACCCGAGCUACCAUCACGAUGGGUUGAACUUUAACAACGAUAUUGCUUUGAUCAAACUGGGGCACAAGGUUCCUAUCAAAGCAGCCAUUAUGCCUGUGUGUUUACCAGGGAAAGAGGAACGAUUUAUCCUGAAGACUAAUGACUAUGGGACCAUAAGUGGGUGGGGCGUAUGGCAAAAUACCAGUCGUCGAAGCUCUCAUACUCUAAAAUUUGCAGAAGUACCUGUGGUUGACUUUGGAGAAUGUAAGGCUAAGUACGAUGCUCUAGUAACACCAAAUGGGAAGCUGGUAGUAACAGACAAUAUGGUGUGUGCGGGUUUGGAGGAAGGGGGUGUGGAUUCAUGUCAAGGAGACAGUGGAGGGCCGUAUGUAUUCUUGGACAAGCCAAGCCGUAGAUGGUACAUUGGUGGCAUUGUGUCCUGGGGAUAUGUUUGCGCUGAAGCAGGGUAUUAUGGGGUGUACACAAAAGUGACUAAUUAUCGUACUUGGAUAGAAGACAUCAUGUCUCAAAACAGUUAAAUAAACAGUCAUUACAGUACAACA